CCGAGCCGAGCCGCCGAUUCAAAUUCCGUGCGCAAUCCGCGGCCAGCCACACCGGUACGCCGGCGAGCUGACGGCGAAGGGAGGGAAGCAAGCCGACGGUGACCACCGCCCUUCGCCUCGGCCUCUGAAACCCCUGUGUGUGUGUGUGUGUGCGCUGCUCUCUCUCUCUCUCCCCCCACUAGCCUGCGGCGGCGGGAGCGGUGGCGGGUUUUUUAAUUUUUAGGGUUCUGGACGGCGACCGAUGGCGGCGGAGGCGGGCAUGCGCGUGGACGUCGCGAACCUCCUCGCUCUCGGGGGUGACCUCGUGGGCGUGCUCGGCGAGAGCAAGGACGGCGAGGCCCUCGCGCAGGCCUGCGCCGGCGCGCGGAUGCUGCGGUCCGCCUGCCGCUCCGAGUCCGGCGACCUCGAGGUCCAACUGAAAAAGUAUCAAGAAAAAAUAAAAUCCUGCAAGGAAAAGAUAGAAAAAACAAAAUCCGAGACUAUUGAUGAUGACGAACUGAACGCUCUGCAAAAAGAGAUGGAAGAGGAACUCCAAGAUGAGCAACGCCUUCGUGAAGAUUUAAGAACAGUACGUCAGGAACUUGAUAACUUAGACAGCCAAAGAGCUUCUAUAGAACAAAGGAAGGAUGCUGUAAGGAAGAAAGAGAAAGACAUGAUGAAGGCACAAAAUAUGCUUUCCAUGUGCGUGUCAGUGACAAAAAUCAUGCCAAAUUUUGAUGACCACGACAAGAUCUCUGGAUAUAUUGUUGAUAAGAGCAUGAAAAAACUAGAGAGGUUCGAGUUUGACAAGAUGACACCCCCUCUUGAUAUAUGUGAUAAGCUUUGGAAUUGGAAGAUGGUUUAAAGGUGAAGAUCAUGUUGCACGGAAGUGACAUUGUGGAAUUUGGACAAUGGACAUCCAUCAGAAUCCUUUUUUUUUGGGGGUACUCACCGUUGUAUCCUGCUAAAGGACCAUACGUAUCAAGUUUGUGUUUCGUGCAGAGAUCUACAAAGUGCAGGUCUAUAUUUGUCUGUAGGUUGAGAUUUGAGAAGGUCAAGAUCCCUUUAACUAGUCCUUGCCUGAUCCUUUUAGGCUGUGUAAGUUGUGUAAUACCUUUUCUUUUUAGAGGAAGUUAUGUAAUAUUCCUAUUUGACAGGCUGUUCCAUCUAUUAUGCUAGUAUUCUGGAAGUUUUUCUCAUUUGCAAGUUGCAAGUUAGCAACACGAUGAUAUUUGAUUUAUUGGAAAGUUGAAACAAUAAAGUGUAAUGCUUUG